GUCAUGAGAGUCUCAUUUUGCAUAAUUUAGGAAUUUUGUUUAAAAUAGGAAAUGUGAAGUUAAUAACUAUCACAAGUAACAAGGAAUGCACCAAAGGUUUAUGUAGGCAUUUAUAUUGUACAACAUAAUAAGGUAUUAGGCGUUUACUCUUAAGGUACAAAAGAAUGGACUUCAAGAUAUUAGUACUGCUUCUAGCGUCGACCACAAGAUGUGUCUGUGUGUUCAUAUCAACUCCUACCAGCAACGCUUCAGAAAGACAUCGCCUUUACACGGAACUUUUCGUUAAUCAGGGCUACAACUCUAAGGUUCCUCCAUUCCCAUAUGAAUUAGGCGCUUUUGAUGUAAGCAUAUCUUUCGAGCUUGAAACGAUAAUUGACUUAGAUCAGAUAACAGAAACAUUAAAGACAGCAUCUUAUAUGGUCAUAGAAUGGAACGAUACAUACUUACAAUGGAACAGAACUGAAUAUAACAACUUAUAUUUGACAUUCUGGCCUCAGAACGAUAUUUGGAAGCCAGAUAUAGUUCUAGCCAAUUCAGUUAAAUCGUAUGAAAGUCUUGGACAUGAAACUAUUAUGGUGGAAAAUUUUAGUGAAGGUUUGAUUAGGUGGUACCCUCUUGAGAUGUUUGAAACGUCGUGUGAUAUAGACAUGACUUAUUACCCAUAUGAUGUACAAACUUGUGAAAUACAGUUUAUGUCUUGGAGCUACACUAAAAUUAAACUAACUGCAGAUCCAGACCAUGUGAUGUUGAGCUAUUACGAUACCAACCCUUUAUGGGAAAUCUUAGAAACAAGUGUAAAACAUUCCACUAGAGCUAACGUAGAUGUCCUUAUUUAUGAAAUAAAGUUGCAGCGGAAACCCCAGCACGCACUGUUGACAUUAUUUCUUCCAGUUUUGUUGCUAACAAUUUUAGGACUUUUCGUGUUUGCUAUACCUAAUGGUGGUGAUAGAUCAGGGUACGCGGUUACAGUUUUCCUUGCUUUUUCCGUCUACUUAACUCUUGUAGAUUCUGUUAUGCCACCUAGUUCCCAGAAGAUACCACUCUUUUCGAUAUAUCUAGUAGUUCAAACUGCCCAGUCAACAAUCAUCACAAUUCUAUCUGUACUUUUAACGAAAGCGGAAUUAAUGGACAAAGACUCCACUGUACCACGUUGUCUUGUGUUUCUAGUUAAAAUUAGCACAGUAUGCUGUAGGAAAAAGUUGAAAUCUGACAACGUCUAUACCAUUGAAAGCACUGAAACAGAAGCAACUUCGAAUGACAAGAGCAAUAAGAAUAAGGAGACCAAAGUUGUCACGGAAAAAACGUCUUGUACUUGGGGCAUGGUUGUUGACGCCGUUGAUAAAGUAGCAUCAGUAUUUUUUACUGUCACUUUCAUUGUAACAACCGUAGGUUUCUUUUGUAUAAUCUUUCUUGCAAACAAAUGACUGCUUCACUUGAUGAAAACAAACUUAUUUACAUUUGCUUCAAUGAUAUUUACUACCGAAAAUGAUGUGAAAGUUUUAUCCAACAUUUUGAAGUUUGAAUAGAUCAUUCGAUGUUCUAUAAAUCACGUGUUAAUCUAUAUCUUCUAGCGAGAUAGAAUUCAACACGCGUUCUCGAGAAUAUAUCAAAUGUUCUAUCCAAACUGACGAAUUAAUUAAAGAAAUAGUGUGUUUCACCGUAGAAAUUGGCGAAUUUAUCAUGCUUUGAGAAGUAAUGAUACCACGAGGAUAAUUAUGCCGUCAGGAAUACAAUGAUCCGUCACUGUUGAACACGCAUUAUUUUCAACUGUUCUAAAUUAAGCACGAUAACUAGCCUGUUAAACACUGUCACUGUUUUAAUUCAUAGUUAUCUCUCUGAUUGAUUAACCUAAAACAUAAUAUUAUGUGCACUGUAUAUUCAUGUAUACUACGCAUUUUGAUAAUACAGGACGAACGGCUUACUAUCUCUUAUGUUAUUUUCUGCUACUGUUUUAUACAAAACUGGCUACCAUAAAGUUCACAAGUCACGAUGACUUCAACAACACUAAAAAUGACAAAUAAAAUCUUCAAAUAGAUAUUUUUCAGAAAAAAAAACAUACAUGUUUACCUAUUACUGCUGAUUAUAAAUACAUGUGCUGUAUACAGGACAUGUGUAUAUAUGUACACGUGUAUUCACUUUAUAAAAUGUAAUAUGAACAUACGGAAAAUGAUAAAACUUCUUAACAAGGAUUUACUUUCAUUCUUUAGAAUUUUCUCAUUUUAUUAUGUUUCAUCCAGGAACCGUUAAAUACUUUGAUAGCGAAAAUUUAAAUUUAUUUAAAUCUAGAAAAUUCUUGCUAAAUUUAUUGAAUUUGAAUAAGAUAAUGCACAAACUAUGUUUAGGAAGCUGUGUCAAGAGACAUUUGUCCUAUCUGACAAUCUCUAGUAUACGUUUAUCAUUGCGGAUGAUCACGUGACCAAAAUCGUACAAUGGGCUCAUAAAAUGGCGGCAAAACGCUCGGUAAAAGCAGUGAAAUUGAAGUAAGCAUACAGUUAACGUUAAAUUUAUAUGUAAAACUACGCCGCACGGAACUCCUGUAUAAAGACCACGUACAGUUUGUUAUUGGUUAUUUUGUAGAUCUCUCUGUUUAGGCCUGAAAGUCGAAAAAAUUGUUUUAAGUACAAUGGCCGAACAGGUACUAAAAUACGUUGUUUUCAGUAAAAGAAACGCAUUUUGAGCAAAAUAAGCAAUGACAUCUUGUGCACAAUUGGAAGUUUGCCCGUCAAGAAUUAUUUCCAUCCUUUGUAAAGUUGCAUAACGAAGUUGUGCAUCUUUUUAAAAACGAGUACAAUGGACGAACUAAAUUUAAUGAGUACAAUGGCCGAACGAUUUUAUUGCCUGUCCUAUUUCGUCAAAUUUUUCAUUGAAUUAUGCUUGUUUCUCGCUUCCUGUCUUUGAAAUCUUAUAAAUAUGAUAUUUGAAAAUGAAAAGUAGGAAGAAGUAUUAAAUUAAAUGAAUUCAGUUUGCUUGCUAUAAAUUCUCAUCUUACGAGUAGUAGUAUUUUGCUUUGGUAACACACGUGUACAUCAUAUAGAAUGAAUUCAUUUCACCAGCAAAAUAUAUGUUUCAAUCACAUACAUAAUAUUGUCAAUUAUUUUGGAAAUAAAGUCAGAUUUUGUUGUU